AUGCGUCACUCGGUGCCAAAGACAAUUGCUCUUGGAUUGUUGUCCGCAUACAUCCUCCAAAGUAGCGGCAAACCAAUCAUACCGAUCGCUCCAUGCCAGAACGAAGUCGAUUGUAGCCACCCAUUCAACAACACGAAUUGGCCUCGUCUUUCCCGUACUGAUGCUCUCCCGCCCGCACUCGACCGCAGAGCCAGUGGCGGAGGACGACCAGACAGACCCAACGACAACAGUCCAAACGCACCUCAUGUAAAUCCAGACCAGCAGAACACUCCUUCUGAUGCCGGUGAUCAGCAGGGUGAGUCUGGGGGGUUCAGUGAGCAGCAGGAGACCUCUGGUGGCUUUUCCGAUUCGCAGGAAACCGAAGGAGCGUUUAACAACAACGGGGAUGAUACGGGCGGUCCAGGCUCUAGUUCGCAACCAGCAGCUCCCGACCCGAACCCCAAUCCGGCUCCAAAUCCCAAUCCAGCCCCGAACGCACCCGCGGCUAACAAUCCCGGUCAGCCAAACGCCGUUCAGUAUCCGCCAUCAGCAAGGAACAAUCAUAACCAGCCAGCAGCAUCGGCGAGCGACCCUUUCGAUCCCGACGACGCAUCUGUUCCAGUCAUCGAUGUUGCAACUCGUGCUAGCCAAUUUCGCCAAACUAUCACUCAGGACGGACUCACCGGACAACCAUGGUUCUUCUACUCUGGACUCGAUCGAGAAAAGAAAGACAGCAUCUUUAAGCGAAAUCUUGAAGACAGACUUCAACUCGGGCAUAAUACGAUGCCUUCUAUGAAUAACGUACUACCGAACGCCGGGAGUGGGAGGUACGCGAAGGAGUAUAAUGCAUUCCAAGCUCCCUCCAGUCUUGACUACUACUGGGCUGCGAAUUCCAAAGCUUAUGCUCAAGCAGUAGGAGGAAGGGUCUACGUUGUACUGCCCAGUGGCCACGGUGUGAAUCAACCGUAUUCCGACAAGGGCUCGAAUUGGUGGACGUUCGAGGUUCCGGAUCUUACCCGUAAUGCCCGUGUGGAUAGUAUCACAGUUGUGCCUGUGAAGGAAGACACUUCGAAUGUCUACAUGGAACCGGCCGAAGCUUUCCACCUUGGCGAGGAAAAUGUAAUCUGGAGGAGGGGUGACGAGCCCAUUGGCUUCCCUGCAAGUGAGCUACAUCAUCUACAGAGGCCUGACGAGCUGUGGGAGACUGUUCAGGAUGUGUACAUUCCGAGUUCUCCAUAG